AUGUCAGUCCCAAUGAGCCUGCCCAUGGCAGGUUUCAACUCAUCUUUCCUAAGCGACCUGACGAGCUGUGCCAGGUCAGCAGGCGCCAGAUCGACGAGAUCUCGUCUCCGACCGGAUAUAUAUUUCCAGUCUGCAGCUGCCUUGGCCAGAAGAGUCACACAAGCGUCGAUUGUGUCCUCAAUAGCAUACACCACUUUCUUGAUUUGCCUUUCAACUUCCCUGAGUUGUGUGGCUUUAUUCAACCUUGUUGACUCGGGCUCCAGCAAAGUCUUGAAAGACAUUAGAUCGUUCGUCAGCAGCCGGAGCUCCUCUUCCGUGCCGACGCCUGAGAGAAGAUCGGCAUGUGACGUCAGCAGCCGCGACACAUUAAAUUUCCUUUCCCGUCGCUAA